AUGGCUGACCAGCAUGGCAACGCAUCGAUAUCCGCAGCGACCAAGCCUAAGGUGGUGAUGACCCAACCCUUUAUUGAACUACCAGAAAUGACCAGAACUUUGCAUGAACAUCAACUCUUUGAUGAGGUUUGUGUGGCUAGCCCAGCAGAAGGCCAUGAAGUGGAGCAGGAUCCACGUGAUGAGAUGCUGGAGAUUUACCUGGGAUUGUGUUGGUUCCCCAUCAGUAAAGGAAGGCCCUCAGCACCAUCUCUGAAAGCCUUUUCCUUCGAGGCCCUGUUGGUCCUGCCCGAAGAUGUAACAGGAAAGGCUAUGGCGGAGGCCAUGAAGGCAGACUGGGGGGAGGCCUCCGAGUGCGUGCAGCUGUCCCUCCCAGGGGAUGGGGCCGGUCUGCAGGAGGCUUGGCAUCAAGUGUACACUCACAGAUGUGUUGCCCAAGAGCAGAGCUGCUUGUUGCUGCCUGGAGAUCGAGCCGAGGCAUUUCGUUGGCUCUCAGCCAUGACCAACUGGUUCCUGGGCAAACGUCCAGUGGAGUUGACGUCUGAGGAACCCUUCUGGCUGGUGAUUGAGCUCAACGGCUUUACCAUUUCUGAAAUUUCGUCAAAUCUUCGGUUGGAGAGUUGUCAAGGUUCCAAGGCGCCGCAGACACUUUGGCCCGGUGAAAAGUGA